AUGACUUCACGAAAGAAAGUUUUACUAAAGGUUAUUAUAUUAGGUGAUUCAGGUGUUGGUAAAACAUCAUUAAUGAAUCAAUUUGUUAAUCGAAAAUUUUCAAAUCAAUAUAAAGCAACAAUUGGUGCCGAUUUUUUAACUAAAGAAUUACAAAUUGAUGAUCGUCUUGUUACCAUGCAGAUUUGGGAUACAGCAGGCCAAGAACGUUUUCAAAGUUUAGGUGUUGCAUUUUAUCGUGGAGCUGAUUGUUGUGUCCUUGUUAUGGAUGUAACAUCACCAACAUCAUUUAAAUCAUUAGAAAGUUGGAAAGAUGAAUUUCUUAUUCAAGCUGGUCCACGUGAUCCAGAAAAUUUUCCAUUUGUCGUUAUUGGAAAUAAAAUUGAUUUGGAAAAUCGAAUGGUAAAAAUUUUCUAUUGAUUUUUUUCUUAUAUGUUUUAGUUUUUUUUU